AUGAUCGUGCUUGCUGCCCAAGCGGUGGAAGACACAGUCCUGCCCCAAAGUGUCACAGCAUGUACCCGGUUUGAAUUUUGUCCUGUGCCCUAUGCGCCCGAGGAUGUCGAAGCUCGAGGGGAGGUCGCGCUGGACCUGGAAGUGGCGGAGUUGGUGGAGUGGCGAGGCGCAGGUCCGAUCGGCAAGUGCGGGCUCUUGGCGAAUUGGCGACUCGAAGGUCUCUGGUGGAACCUUUGCUUCAACGUGAAGGACAAAAGAGAUCUCCACGGGCACCAGUUUCUCGAGCUGCUUAGACAGGUGCGAGAGUUGCCCUUGAAGCGACAAAUUCUCAAGAACAACGGAUGGAAUCGCUCCCAACUGGAUCAUGGACCAGAUCGCCCGGGAACGAGAGGACUGGUGCUUUUGGAUCCGCAGCUUUUUCCAGGCAAGAACCGAACGGCAGGCAUGAUUCGUAAAGUGACAUUGCACGUUCAGCUAGCUGAGGGAGUUUGCGCUCAGACAGAUUUGGCCGGUCAGGUCCUCAUGCUUGCCAUUCAGGACUUCGAGGAGUGCACGAAGACCAACGCAAAACUCGCGAUGGACUUCCAGGCACAAUUGGACCGGAAGAAGCAGUUCCAGGUGGGCUGUGCGAGGAAAGGGAUGAGAUUGAGUACGAGAAUGUCCUCCUUCGCAAAGAAGUUGGAAGAUUGCAGCAGACCAUCACCGAUCUUCAGUGCUUCAGCUCUUCAAGCUCCGGACCGCGUGAGCGACUCCGUUGAUUUGAGCGGCCUGGCCUGCCCUGCGCUGCAGGCAUUGCCUGACUUAUGGUUGAUUGAGGCCAUGGAGGAGAACAAGGAUGCGAAGAACAAGGAUGUCACAUUCGGCAACUCCUACCUCCACCUCCGCAAUGCAACCGCGAUUGAUGCACAGACCCAAGAUAGUGUUAUGUGCUUGCGAUUGCACAUUGCUUGGGGCCGCCUAGAGGCACUGAGCGAGGUCAGCGAGGUGACGAGUCCUCCAGGCUUGAAGGGAGCCUGGGCCGGUGGGGAGUACAGAGAUGGAUGUCUGGAGAUAUGUCGGGGAGUAGCGCCAGCAGCGCCGUACACUCAGCAGCAUGUGCCGGUGGUAGGUGAAGAUCCGCUGAGCCUGCUCCGGACGUUGUUGGCAUUUCGGCGAGCCGUCGUCUGUGGGCCCGUUCAUGGGCCACAGAGGCGCCUAGGACCACCUAUGGGGCAACAUGAGGAGGCAGGUCUGUGCGAUGGGAACCGCACAACGAAUGUGAGAUUGGAAAGUUUGCGCGUCAGACUUAGCCACAUGUUUUGUCCUUUCGCGCAACGAGCAUGGAUUGCUCUGGAGGAAAAGGGCGCGGUCUAUGAGUAUGUGGCCAUUGAGCCGUAUCAGGAGGAUGCAAGCAAGCCAGGGGGGUACUCCAAAAAUCCUCUACCACUGGAUGAGAAGAGGAGGCGCUAUCCGGAGUUCAUGGCCUCGAGCCCGAAAGGCCUGCUUCCCGCAAUCGAGAGCACCCAAGCAGAUGGUUCUGUGCAUCGAAUCUACGAGUCGAUGGUUUGUGUUGAGUAUGUUGAAGAAGCUCUCGAUGGACCUUCCUUGAUGCCUGGCCGAUCACGUCCCGAUGCUCGGGCCAAAGUGCGCAUCUGGUGUGCCUACAUCGGCGAGAAGAUCAUUCCCCAUUUCUACCGGCUACUCAUGCGUGAGACUGCCGACGAACGGGACGCCGAAAAGAAGAGCUUGCUGGAUGGCCUUCUGUGCCUAGCCCAAGCAAUGGAUCCUGUUUCAGCAGAUGGGGGCGCCUUCUUUCUUGGUGAUGAGUUCACGAUGGUCGACAUUGCCUUAUGCCCCUGGUGGACCCGAUUCCGCAGCAUUGCAGGCACGUACCGAGGAUUCGAGGUGCCACGGGGUGCCACCUGGGACCGCCUUCAUUCUUGGGGCGAUGCCUGCGAAAAACGGCCGUCAGUGGCCAGAACUAUCGUAGAUCAGAGCCGUCUCAUUGCCAACUACACCGGCUACGCCGACUCUUCUGCGACGUCCACUGUCGCACAGACUCUGGCGGCAAAGACCACCUAA